CUGUUGCCCUGGCGAUAGGGGACCAGUAAACAGAAGGGCCGAGAGGCCGAGCCCGGGGGGAGGAAGCGCUCACGGUGAAAGAUCCAGCCCGCGGAAAGUCUUCUCUGCCCUAGGAGCAGAGACAGUUGACGUUCUGGGCUCGCUCACCGGUAUGACCAGUGGAAAUCAGUCCUCUCCUCCAUGGCCUCACUGAAAGAGCAAGUCACGGCCCAAGUCGUCGACCUGGCUUCUCUGGACGGCGGAUCGGCCCAGGCCGCCUCCGCCCCGGCCGUCGAGCUGCCCGGAGAGCGGAAGAGAGUGAUGUUGGCUGGGGUGAAGAGUCAGCUCUACCACCCAUCCUUGCCUACCCUGAGGCAGAUGGACAUAGACACGGCCAACUCCAGGCUUCCCGAUGAGCACUGUAGGACCACCACCCUCCUCACCAAAGGGGACUUUGACCAGGCCCACUUCACACUCUUCGAGGAGCCCGAGAAGCGCCUGGCGUGCUUGGACGUGACCAAGACAGGCCAAAGACUCACUGAGAGGUACCGGGAGGGGAAGCUGGCUCCUCUACACCAGGCUAACUGGCCAAAACUCACCCGGGCCGUGGAGGACUAUUCCCGCUUCAUCUCUGCAGGGGGAAAAUUCAAGCUGCCCAAAGUGGAGAGGAAGAUCGAAGGAUUCAGCUCUUACGCCGUGCGGUACCUGAAGCCAAAUGUCACCCAGAGCUGGAGGUACUGCCUCAAUCCGAACUCGUGCCUGAACAGAUACGGGCCACAGCCCCUGGCCAGCGACAGCUUAAAUGUGUUCCGCCAUUUCGGUUCGGCCUACAGCCACUCCAGGUUCCUCUUGCCGUGGCGCUAACGUGCAGAGGAACGGAUGAGGGGUCUCUGACCCGUCUCCUCAACCUUGGGCCACCUGAAUCCUGGAGAGGGGAAGGAGGACCCCGGGCAGGGGACGUAAAGGGGAGGGUCCCCACACUCCGAGAAACCUUGGACAAAUAAACUCACCGACC